AUGCCGGCGGAGAGGCCGCAAGUGGAGGAGGUCGAGGAAGGCGUUGCGGUGCAGCCGCGCGAACACGCUGUCAGGCGAGGCUGGAAUUGCAGGCUGCUGGUUUGGGAACUGAAUCCGAAACUGCCGAACAUUCGGGAGAUGAACGUGGAGGUAGGAGAACUGGCGAAUGGGUGGAAACUGCCGAAUGUUCGGGAGAUGAACAUGGAGGUAGGAGAACUGGCGAAUGGGCGGAAACUGCCGAACGUUCGGGAGACGAACGUGGAGGUACUGAUACUGCCGACCAUUUGUUUCCUGAAUGGGGAGGUGAGAAAACUGCCAAAAGUUCGGGAUUUGAACGGGGAGGUAGCCAUACUGCCGGCUGUUCGGCUGCCGAACGGGGAGGCAGGAAAACUGCAGAACAUUCGGUUUCUGUGUCCUCUUUUGCAGGGAAGAAAGGAGAAGUGGCUGCUGGUGACAGGAGUCCCGGAAAGAGGCCAUUACAGGCACGGGCCAGAGGAAGAAGGAGGAGCGGUACGGCAGGCUUGGCAGCAGGUCACGGGAAUGCUCGAAGCGCUGUUGGUUGAGCGGGGACAGCUGCUGCACAUCGCCCGGGUGAGUCGACCUCUGAUGCCAUUGCCCCUCCAGUUGCUGGGCCACAGGUUACCCUGGGGGUGGGCCCCAGUGUUGGCAUGGUUGGUGACGGCAGAGUGGCAGGAGGCAGGCAGGGGGUGGCUAGGGCACAGAGUGGACCAGAAGGGUACAGUGCUACAAGAUGCCACAGAGGGUCCCCAGUCAGCGGGCGAGAGCGCAGCGUUUCCCCAGGGUCUCCCAUACAACCGGACGGGGGACGACAUCAGGCGAGUCAGGUAA